AUGGAAAGAAACCAACAGUUAUGCAACCUGGUGCAUCAUAAGAAUGGGGGGAAUAGAUUCUGGUCUCCAGCUAGCAGUGAAGAAAUAAGUGCACUGAUUGGAAUAAUUGCCAUCAUGGGUGUUGAUUCAAAACCAGAGAUAGCAGACUACUGGUCCACCUACCAAGCUAUAAGAAAUGACUACAUUGCCAAUGUUAUGAGCCGCAACAGGUACCAAAAACUGAUGCAGUAUUUUCACUGUAACAACCCAGAAAAUGACCCAAUGAAUAUAGUCAAUGAUGAAGAACGCAGAGAAAGGAGAAAAGAAGCGCCUCUGUAUAAAGUACAGCCAGUACUGGAUGCUGUCUUCACCAAUUCCCGGGAAUGUUACGACAUGCAUCGCCAGGUUUGCAUAGAUGAAUCUAUUGUUGGCUACAAGGGUCGUUAUGGAGGACUACCUACAGUUUUUAUCCAGGGAAAACCCCAUGCUAAGGGAUUCAAAAUAUAUGCCUUGGCUGAUAGCAAAUCAUGCUACAACUACAGGAUUGAGAUCAUGUCAAUGACUGGUAGUCAUGAGAAGUAUAGAAGGGCUGUGUCCAGAACAAGAGAUCUGUGUGAAAGGCUUAUCGUUGACAUUAGGGGAUGCCAUUAUGUCCUGUACACUGACAGUUAUUAUACCAGUGUAGACAUGGUGAGUUACCUGCUAGAAAAUCAUGAAAUAUAUGUGGUUGGCAGCGUUAGAGCCGGGAAUCAAAGAGUUAACCGUUUUCUGCGCUCACCAGAUACUGGCAGGAAAGUAGCAUACUCUCUACCUUCCCCAGAAGCAAUUUAUGACUACAAUCUGUACAUGGGUGGAGUUGAAAAGUCAAACCAACUCAGGUCCUAUUAUACAGCCCAGCGUCAGUCAAAGAAAUGGUGGAAGUACAUCUUUUUCUACCCUCUGGAUACUGCUAUAUGCAACAGCUGGAUCCUGUACAAAGAAUCAGUGGAUCCAAAGAAAAUGCACAAAGCCUUCCAAAUUGAAGUUGGCAUGGCACUGGUUGGUGGUUUUUCAUCCCGAAAGCAGCAUACCAGAAAUUCUGAGCCUGUGAUCAGCUCAUUCAAAAACCAUCAUUUAGUACAUGGUCAGCGCUCCCGUGGCUCAUCCUGCAGAUGGUGCAUUCAGUUAGGGAGAAAAACAAGGAAAGGUUGCCCUGUAUCGACUGUGUUCAGAUGUCAGGAGUGUAGCAUCAACCUAUGCAAGGGCUGUUUUCUGCCCUACCACCAUGUGGCCACAGGUUGCCCAGACAGACCCAAGACAACACAGACCAGUGAAAAUGAUCUUCAAGAGUCCAGAAAAAGAUGGGAUCAUGGCAGGAGUGAUGGUACAGCAGUCAGAGGUGGCAGAGGAGGCGGCAGAGUUGGAACAAGGGGAAGAAGAAGAGGAGGAAUCAGAAAAGUCUGA